GCCAAACUCGCUGUGGAAAGCUCCCACCAGCUUGCCGUACCCCGGUGCAUCAUGGGAGGUGACGGCAGCCUGAAAGGCGUCGCCCCAAACAGCCGGACCACCGGGACGCAUCAGCAGGUUCUCUGAUCUCCAGACAUGAGCCCAAAUCAGUCUCCAGAUCUCACCAUCGUCCUGAUUGGAAAAUCAGGAGUUGGUAAAAGUGCUUCAGGAAACACCAUCCUGGGACGACCAGCGUUUAAGUCAAGGCUGUCCAUGAAGUCAGUGACGAAACAGAUCUCUGAACAAACAGGAAACGUUUUGGGUAAGCAGAUCUCAGUGGUCGACACUCCGGGAAUAUUAGACUCUGAGGACACAGAGAAGGAGAUUAGAGACUUCUGUCAGAGUCUCCUGUUAUCCUCCAGACCUUGUCUGUUUCUGGUGGUGAUCAGAGUUGGACGGUUCACAGAAGAAGAGCAGAAGGCUGUUCAGGCAGCUAUGAGAGUCCUCGGGGAUCAGGGGAUGAAGAAGAGUUACCUGCUCUUCACUGGUGGGGAUGCUUUAGAGGGCAUGACAGUGGAGGAGUUUAUCUUUGAAGAUGGAGAUGAAGGAAUGCUUCCAGAUAUUGUUAGAAGGUUUGCGGGGGCGUGUCACCUCUUCGACAAUGAAAGUGACGAUGAAGAACAAGUCAGAGAGCUGCUGCAGAAGUCCGGACACCUUAGAACCCAGGAAACAGUCGAUGACUCCAGGAACCGGAGGAUCGUGCUGCUCGGCCUUCCUGCAGCUGGAAAAAGUUCCUGUGGGAACACCAUCUUAGGAUCUGAACAGUUUAUAUCAGGCGGUGGCUUUGGUUCAGUCACUAGUGAGACUGUCUCUAAGUCAGCCAUAGUGGAGGGUCGUCAGGUCACGGUGGUCGAUACUCCAGGGUUCAGUGAUAGAGUUCUGACUGGUGAACAGCUGUUUAAAGAGAUCAUGAAGGCAGUAGUAAAGGCCAGUCCAGGACCUCAUGCCUUUGUUAUUGUAGUCAGACUAGGCAGAAUCACUGGAGCAGACAAGAAACAGUUUGAGAUGCUUCCAAAACUGUUCAGCAGAGAUGCCCAUAAAUACUUCAUGGUGCUUUUCACCCAUGGAGACGAGCUGGGAGGUCGGUCCAUUAAUGAUUUGAUCCGGUCUGACCAUCAUGUGUCUGACCUGGUCUCCAAGUGUGGUGGUAGAUUCUGUGUGUUUGACAACAAAACCAAAAGAAGCAGAGAGCAGGUCAGAGACUUCCUGAGUAAAGUAGAUGAGAUGGUCUCAGAUAAUGGUGGAGAACACUACACUGAUGAGAUGUUCAGGAUGGCUCAGACGUUCAUUAAUGAAGAAAGGGACAUGUCUGACAGCUCAGCCAGGUCAGAUCAGUCAAAUGUAUUGAACAGAUUGUUGUUUCAUGUAAGUAAUCAUAAAAAGAAGUGUGUCGUAUUUGUUCUGGCUGCAAUAGGGUUAGGGGCAUUAGCGGCACCAGGAAUAGGAGGAGGAGCAGCAGCAGCAGCAGCAGCAGCAGUAGUAGCAGCAGUACAAGGAGCAGUAGCAACAAUAGCAGCAAGACAAGGAGCAGGAGCAACAGCAGGAAUAGGAGCAGUAGCAGCAGCAGUAGCAGCAGUAGCAGUAGUAGUAGGAAAAAGCAUAAAGGAGCGUGUACACCGCUCCAACAAACUCCAAUAAACUCAAACAUUCUAAAGUGGGUAGCUGUUGUUGGCAGUUUGUCUUUAUAAUGUUCAUAAACCCAACUGCCAGUCCACACUGACCAGACAGUUACAGACAAUUCAAUUCAAUUGAUAUUUAUUUAUAGUAUCAAAUCAUAACCCAAGUUAUCUCGAGACACUU